UCCCGGUGUUCUGAGCCAGGUGGGAGCCCCCUCAGCCUUCAGGAAGGGCCCUGGGCCAAAGGAAGCCUCCCUCAGCUUAGGGGUCUUCCCUGGGCAGCCGUGUACGUAGGGCACGUGUGCCUGUGCGUGCCCUCCACUGGUCCUCUCCCCGUCUCCCCCGCCCCGCUGGAAGCUGCUGGUAUGUGCUCCCUACCAGCACUCCGGCCUCAUCUUCAGCCCAAGAGACAUUUAUUUUUGAUUCUGGAAGCAGGAGCUGCUGAGGAGUCCUGUUUAUUUUAAAGUCCAGGGAAGGGAAAACACACUCAUCACCCGAGGUCAUCUGCCUAGCUGCUCAAGGGGGUAGGGGUGUGCACUCUGGAUUGCCGCAUGGCAUGUUGGUGAAAGAGGGUUAUUUUGUGCCUUGUGGGGUCAACAUGUGCGUGCAGUCUCCUCAGGGAGCAAUGAGGGGGCUUGGGAAGGCCCUCCCCCCACCCCAGGCCGGGCAGAAGCACCAGUGGAGGCAUCGGGCAGAGGUCUCAGAGUCCUUAGAGAAGAGCCUGGUGACCCUGUAGGAUGGGCCUCCUUAUUCCCACCGCCAUCCCAGGAAACAGCGCAGGUGAUUUUCCAAUUUCUCGGCUGGAGUCCCAGAGCCAGGACUCCAGAGCAAGCUGCCGAGCCAGAAGGGCCUCCCUCCAUGCAGAUUUACUGAGCACCUGCUUUGUGCCCUGGAGUUUUAGCCUCUGCAUUCCAUUCUCUUUAGAUUUAUAGUUAAGCUGUCUUUGGAAACAGAAGGGUAUGGAAGAGUAGGGAAAAGUGGGCUCCCUCCGUCGUGUUGGGGGCCCUAGUGAGCCCCAAACUCUGGUUCUCAGGGAGCUUCUGCCUGGAUCCGUGCAGGGCCCAAGGGGAUGAGUGGUCCUCCUGUCAGCCCACCCCCACCUGAUUGCCUUGGGAACCAUGUAUCCGCACAGCCAGUGCUGUUGGGAGGCUGGCUGGCUGGUCACCACUGCCCCAUCUUUGGGCAGUCUCUGCACAGCUGCAGCUGACCUGUCACGUCUUCACCAGGACUAACCACAGAAGUGGGGGAAACCGGCUACUCUGAGGGGGACAGAGUAACUGGCAGGUUUACCCCCUACCCGUCCCACUUAAGCAGCAGAAGUGGGAGAAUGAGGGCCCAUCUGGGGGCUCUGCGGACCCAGGGGCCCUGAUUGAGGUGGACCUUGGAGCUUCGAACUGCAGGGUCUGGAGGGCAGCGGUCAGGGAGCAGGUCUGCUAGCUCCCAGGAAGACCCCAGCCCCCUGUGCCAGAGAAGCUCCUGCUCUGCUCUGCUCUGCCAGGGGACUGGGGACUGAGACUGGGGGCGGGGGGUGGCUGGAAGGGGCUCCCAAGGCAGUGCCGUCCCAGCAGGUGGCCCUGAGGCCACCAUAAUCAGCGAGGCCUGAGUGCAGAGGGUCUGGCCACAGCCCCCGCCCUCCCCCCCCCCCCCCCAAAUGCGCGAGGAGCCUGGGGACCAGGGGGCCAGCGCUCAGGUCACACUUAGUACCUAGACCCGGUAUUCCCUGUCCAAAACCUCAAACCCCUUUCCCGGCCAAGGCCCCCUCCCAGUCGGUCCUUGAGGCUGACCUGGAACGGCCAGGGACCUGGACAGGCCUGGGCGGGGCUGCAGGUCGCACUCCAGCCGCCCGGCGUGGGUGGUGGCGGGCUCAUUCCCCGACUUUCCAGGCCCUGACGGGAGCGCCCUGGCAAAGCAGGAGGAUACGGUGCAAUCUGUUUUACACUUUGUGACUUUGACUUGUAGUUUUCAAAUAUUUGGACAUAUAAUGGGCGGGCUCGAUUGCUGCUCAACCCGGCCUGACAGCGUCCGGGGCUGCAGGAGACGUGGCGGGAGGCCAGCGCCUCACACCCAGGACAAAAUCACCCGCGCCGCCCAGCCAGAACCCGCUUGCUCGGCAGUCGCGCACGCGCAGCUGGUCGCGAACAGCGCGCCCGGUGACUUCCCCGCCCGCAGCGGUCGCACGCCGUUCCACCUCCGCCCACCGGGGGGCGCAGCGGUGCCCUCGCUCGUCGCCAACGGCGCAUGCGCUCGCCCUGGUACGCUUUUACGUCUCCGCGGCCCUCCGAGCCCUUGUGGCGUCCUCCUCUGGUUGUGCUUCCGGCGUGAAGGUUACCGACAAGAUGGUGCCGCCGGUGCAGGUCUCUCCGCUCAUCAAGCUCGGCCGCUACUCCGCCCUGUUCCUCGGCGUGGCCUACGGAGCCAAGCGCUACAGCUACCUGAAACCCCGGGCGGAAGAGGAAAGGAGGAUAGCCGCUGAGGAGAAGAAGAAGCAGGAUGAACGGAAACGGAUUGAGAGAGAGCUGGCAGAAGCCCAAGAUGACAGCAUACUAAAAUGAGCCUGCCUCCCUGCAAGUGUGGAUGAAUAAAGUUUUCUUUCUUGUUA